GGAGAAAGACAACUUGUAGCAAAAAUAACGGUAGCAUAUAAUAUUACUACUUCCACAAAGCAGCAUAGCCAGUCUCUCUCUCUCUUCCGCCUCACCAAGCCGCCGAUUCGGCGUAUAUCAGUCGCACUUUCUCUCUUUCCUCAAUCCGCCAUUUUCGAAAGAUUUAGUUUUCGAUCUGCUUUAAAGCAGCAACAAUGUCGUGGCUUGUGAAGCAAGUUGUUAACAAUGGGCGUCUUCAUUCUUCUUCGAAACUUCAGGCUUUACAAAAUGCCGCAAGAGCUUAUGCAACCGCCGGAAAAGAGAUGACAGUGAGGGAUGCGAUAAAUUCUGCACUAGAUGAUGAAAUGGGUGCAGAUCCUAGAGUCUUUGUGAUGGGGGAAGAGGUUGGUGAAUAUCAAGGAGCCUACAAGAUCACCAAAGGGCUUUUGGACAAGUAUGGUCCUGAAAGGGUUAUUGAUACUCCUAUAACAGAGGCUGGGUUUGCUGGUAUUGGAGUUGGUGCGGCAUACAAAGGUCUCAGACCUGUUAUAGAAUUUAUGACAUUCAACUUCUCCAUGCAGGCAAUUGAUCACAUUAUAAAUUCCGCUGCAAAAUCAAACUACAUGUCUGCUGGUCAGAUAGCUGUACCCAUUGUUUUCAGAGGUCCAAAUGGCGCUGCUGCUGGAGUUGGUGCUCAGCAUUCCCAGUGUUAUGCAGCAUGGUUUGGUGCAUGCCCUGGUUUGAAAGUACUUGCUCCAUAUUCAGCAGAGGAUGCCCGAGGGUUGCUCAAAGCUGCCAUUAGGGAUCCAGACCCUGUUGUUUUUCUAGAAAAUGAGCUUCUAUAUGGUGAAUCUUUUCCUAUUGCAGAUGAAGUUCUUGACGCUAAUUUUACCCUUCCAAUUGGGAAAGCAAAGGUAGAACGACAAGGGAAGGAUGUCACAAUCACUGCUUUCUCUAAGAUGGUGGGCUACGCUCUCAAGGCAGCUGAAAUUUUGGCAGAAGAAGGAAUUAGUGCUGAGGUGGUAAACCUGCGCUCAAUUCGCCCACUUGACAGAGCUACAAUCAAUGAAUCUGUCAGGAAAACAAAUAGGCUGGUAACACUUGAAGAGGGUUUCCCGCAGCAUGGAGUUGGUGCAGAAAUAUGUGCCUCAGUUGUUGAAGAUAGCUUUGAGUACCUUGAUGCACCAGUCGAGAGGAUUACUGGUGCUGACAUUCCUAUGCCUUAUGCCGCCAAUUUUGAAAAGAUGGCUGUACCACAGAUUGAGGACAUUGUUCGGGCUGCCAAGAGAGCAUGCUACAGAUCAGGUUGAACUGCUUAGUACAAAAUCUCAGGAAGCAAUGAAUAUUCUCUAAUUUCUAUACAUUGAUAUUGAUUGAUGUAAUUUGUUAUUCAUGCCGCUGGUUGUGGCUGCUUUGAUAAAAAUGUGAGCAGGAAUAGUAAAACAUUUUUGGUUCCCGGAAUAAAAUUUUGUACCAUUACCUACCAAAA